AGGACUCGUGCCCUGAAGGCUCCAUCGACCUGAAGUGUAAAGAGAGAGUGACCGACAGUGAUGAAGACGAAGCUGACGGACAGACCUGCCUCCAGCCUGAGACUCCCCCCUCCUCCUCCUCCUCCCCCUGCGCCCCCCGCUCCGACUCCCCCUCGCCUAAAGGGAACGGAGAGGGAGGAGGCGCCGAAGACGUAGCUGAGGCGACGAAGAGGAGAGACGAGGAGCAGAGCCAAGGAGGAACAGGAAGAGAGGACCCGGCGGGAGGUGGAGGAGGCGGGCAGAGCACCCCCCAGGUCCUGGGGGGGGUCCGCAUGGCUCCCACUGCGGUGACCAACGUGGUGCGUCCCGUCGCCAGCACCCCCGUCCCCAUCGCCAGCAAGCCCCCGGAGGGCGCCAUCACCCUCAGCUCGCUCCCCCAGGAGAAGGCCACGCUUCCGAUGGGAGGAGGCGGAGCUCAGCACCUGCCAAUCGCUGCAGGGGGUGGGUACCUGUCCUCAUCCUCCCCCCCCGGUCCAGUGGUCACUAGCCUAGUCCUGGGGGGGUCCUUCCCCACCUCCCAGACGCUGCAGCUCAUCACCCCUCACCCCCAAACUCACCCACCCAUCCUGCACCCCACCUCCUCCCUCACCCCUCAGGUGCAGUACGUCCUGCCCACCGACAGCCCCGCCUCCCCGCAGCUCACCCACCAGCACCUCCUCCCCCUCCCCACCAAUGGCGUGCAGCCGGGGGCGGGGUUCAGAGCCAGCCCCGGGACCAGAGUCCAAACCCAGUCACCGGUCCUGCCGAGCAGGAUGCUGGUUCCCAUAGCAGCAGUGAGAACAGGGUCUACGCCUCCUCAGCCUUCCAUCUCCCUGGUGGCUCCGCCUCUUCCUGUGCAGAACGGGCCUGCAGCAGGAAACAAGCAGAUCAUCCAGAUCGCUCCCGUGUCCGUGGUGCAGGCCGGCGUUCAUCCUGCCGGCGCCGCCGCCAUGCAUCCGGGGGGUCCCUUCCCUGUUUCCGUGGCGACGGUGAUGACUCCCGGUGCCGCCCCUCCGCAGACGGUCCUCCUGACGUCCCCGCCUGCCAGGAUCACCCACGUCCAGUCCAACCCCGCUGUUACCAUGGCGACGGCCCAACAAGGCACGCCGCCCCCAGGCCCCGCCUACCUCCCGUCGCACCUCGCCACCCUGGGCUUCGCCGCCAUCGCCCCGUCCGGACAGACCCUGGUGCAGCCGCUGCUGGCUCAGGCUCCGCCCCUCAGCUGUCAAUCACAGACCCCGCUGGGUCCAGCAGCAGCGACCGCCGGCCGUCAGGUUCUAACUGCCAUCUAUCCCACUCAAACCGUGGCUCUGGCCACCAGCGUGGUCUCAGUGACGGCCGUGCCACCUGCGCUGGGCGCUCCAGCUCAGGACUCCAUAAACCCGCCCUCCCCACCGGCCAAAGGGUCCACGGGGGCCACCGCUCAGCCCGGAACAGGACUGGAGGUCAAGGUGAAACAGGAGAGCCAGGUGGACGCUCAGACUGACGGGUCGGCCAUCUGCGACACGAGCUCCUCCAUGAGCUGCUGUGGAACCACAGGCCUGACAGUGAAAAAAGAGGAAGACUUCAACCUGAACAUCAAAGAAGAAGACACGAGCGAUGAAACCGGCAGAGAGAAACAAAGUGAGACGGAUGAAGAGCCCGACGGAGCGACAAAAGAGAGCGGUGAGAAGAAAAGAGCCAAAGAGACUGAGAGAGACGACCACAGCAGCAAAGAGGCUGGACCUCGCACCCCACCUCCUCCACCCUCAGGUUUGGACCCGCCUCCACCCCCACCAGCAGAAAGAGAAGCCCCCUCCACCUCCAAGAAGAAUAAGUUUCGACCCCCUCCGCUCAAAAAGACACCCGACUCCCACGACAAGGUCCUGUCGGAGACGUACUUCGAGGAGCGCUUUGCUGAGCUUCCAGAGUUCAACCCGGAGGAUGUCCUCCCGUCUCCGACCCUUCAGAGCCUGGCCACCUCGCCCAGAGCCAUCCUGGGCAGCUACCGCAAGAAGAGACGCAACUCCACGGACCUGGAUGCGGUAUCAGAAGACCCGAGCUCCCCGCGGAGAAAGACUCGCCGUCUGUCCAGCUGCAGCUCGGAGCCGAACACCCCGAAGAGCGCAGCUAAGUGUGAAGGAGACAUCUUCACCUUCGACAGAACAGGUCUGGAGGGCGAGGUUCCUCUGGGGGACCUGGACCGGGUCCCGUACUCGUCUCUGCGCCGGACUCUGGAUCAGCGUCGAGCGCUGGUCAUGCAGCUGUUCCAGGAGCACGGCUUCUUCCCGUCAGCUCAGGCCACGGCCGCCUUCCAGGCGCGCCACUCGGACACGUUCCCCACCAAGGUGUGUCUGCAGCUGAAGAUCCGCGAGGUCCGUCAGAAGAUCAUGCAGACGGCCACGCCCGGAUCCCUGGAGCACGGGGUGCUGUUUGAAGCCAGCCCCUCCCUGUCCCACAACCUGUCCUCCAACCCGUCAGCACGAGAGGACGGAGGGACGGAGCAGCAAGGAGACAAAGGCCCGGGCGCCGAGGAGCCGAGGAACGACGCACCGUAAACUGGAGGAGACACAAAACAAAAAAACGAGAGAAGAGCGUGUGGACCGGUAGGAUCCAGAAGGAUCCGAUCCACCAGACCUGGGCAGAGAAGAUGAGACGAUUCAAACUCCAGGAGAC